AGGUUUGAAAUGACAUGCAGAUCAGGACAUUCGAGGCUUUCUCACCAGCCCAUAUAAACAGAAGAAGAUUAGAUGUAGUGCUCAGACACUUGCUGGACCUGCUCUGAAGAGCCAUCAGGGAACUUUUUAUUCUGAAGAUGCAACUAUCAUUGGUUUUCAGAGGUGUCCUGCUACUGUACCUGCUUGCCCUGUUAUUAAAUGGUGCUUCUUCUGAGAAAAAGGGUAAAAGAAAAAGUAAAUCAAAGUGUCCAAAGAAAGGAAAAUGUGUAAUCUUGGAUCCAUCUCUGAACCUCCCUAUGACUGUCCCCCCGUCUCCAAGCAGAUCUUUGUCACCAUGGACAUACGAGGAAUCCUAUGACGAUUCACGAAUCCCAGCCAAAAUCUCUGAGGCAAAAUGUGAAAAAACAGGCUGUUUAACCAAAGAUGGUGAGGAAGACUUGGGACUGGAAUCUAAACCCAUCUACUACCAGAUCAACGUCUUGAGGAGAGUGAAGGAAAAAAAUGCUAAGCACUACUCCCUUCAGCUGGAGACUAAAGUAAUUAGUUUGGGCUGUACAUGCGUUCUACCCAUCGUUGUGCCUCAGAAUUAGUUCUGUACGCUUACUGUAUUAUAUAUUGUGUUUAUCUAAUCUGCUUUUAGGUACAGCAAACUUCUGUGGCACUCUUUUGAUCAGCAUUAUAUUUAUU